AUGUCCUUCCAAGGCGAGUAUGCGGCCCAGGUGCUGGGCCUGGGUGCGGACGGGACCAACGCGCGGGACGGGGUAGACGCACCUCCCAGCGCGCCCACCGCGCCGCCUACGCCCCGCCCCCUCCACGAACAGACCCCGAGGGCCAUCUCGCCCAAAAAGGAGCACGGCAAGUUCAACAAUGUCGGGAGGACGUCGCAGACGCGCUUCGGCGCAGGGGGUGUGGAGGAAGAAGGCGUGCUGGACCUGCGGGCGAGGGACCCCUCCGUCAUCUCCGUGGGAUCUCAGCACUCGGGCACCUCGGAGCCGGCGGGCUAUCUCGACGCGGUCAGGUCGACCGUGUCCGUGUACUCGGGCAACUCCAACUCGAGCUCGGACAGAGACAUCUUGGACCUGUCGAUGCCGGACAAGAACUGCAUGACGGAGGUCUGCUACGUCUGCGGAGACGAGUACCGCCGAGGGGCACUCGUCAAUCUGCACACCACUUCGCCCAAGGACAAGUGUAGCAAGCAGGCGUAUUUCCCCAUCUUCGGCGAGCAGCACCCGCGACCUCCUCGGUCCAGGCCCAAAGACGCCGCGGGGACCGUCCGCGCCUGCGCCGCCUGCCACACCCACCUCGUGCACCAGUGGAACUCCUACCAGGUGGGUCCGAUCGCCAAAUCGGGGGCGUGGCCGUUAGCGCCCGCUCGCUAA